AUGCGACCCCAAACUGCCUCGUUAUCUUUCGGCAUCUUGGUGGGAGUUGUUGGUGCAACGAUUCAAGGCCCAACAGCUGAUUUGGGAUCUGUGAAAUACAUGGGCAGCAGCAAUGCACUUUUAGGAAUCAACUCCUUCUUAGGAGUGCGAUAUGCUGAGCCUCCAGUUGAUGACCUGCGAUGGAGAGCUCCCGUUCCCAUCAAUUCCAGCAAUACAACAACAGCAUAUUCAUAUACUACUAAUGCGACAAGCUAUGGCCUACAAUGCGUUCAAGGAACUCCUGCAUACCAUCCACAGACAUUCAACAACAGCCUCGCGAGCGAAGACUGCCUGUUCUUGGACAUUGUCGCUCCUUCAAAACCGGCUUCAGAAUCUCUUCCUGUUGUAAUCAAUAUGCACGGCGGCGCGUACACUCUAGGAAACUCCACCAGCGAAGAUGGWUCGCAGCUGGUCAGCUAUUCCAACGGUGCCAUCAUUUACGUCGCCAUCCAGUAUCGAUUAGGCGCGUAUGGCUUUCUGGCGGGCUCAGAAGUCCAAGCAGACGGAGUUUUGAACGCUGGCCUGCUGGAUCAGAGAGCGGCGAUCGAAUGGGUGAGAGAUAACAUUCACGCGUUCGGCGGGGAUCCAAAACAAAUAUCGAUCGUUGGAGGAAGUGCUGGAGGUGGGAGUGUAAUCUAUCAACUCCUACGAGGAGGCGGAGAGAGCAACCCUCCAUUCCGUUCCGCGAUGCCUCAGUUCGCUGGGUUCGCGCCGCAUCGAAGCCCUGCCUCGCAGGAUGCCAUUUAUGGAAAGCUACUUGGAGCAGCCAAAUGCACAUCGCUGGCUUGUCUUCGAGCUUUACCUUAUGAAGAGCUUGCCAACGCGACGCAGCAAUCCUACUCUGAUGCCUACGAUGCAGGGUUGUAUGGUUAUGGUGAUUUUGCCUACACGCCUGUAGUUGAUGGUUCCUUUCUCGUCGACUUUCCCUCUCGAUCACUCGCAGCAGGGAACUUCACCAAAGUUCCCAUCUUCAACACCGUCGAUCAGUUUGAAGGCUUCGGGUUCACGAACGGUUCCGUUACAACCGAAGAUGAAGUGAAUCGAGACAUCUCCCACCUCUGGCCAGACGCGACUCCGCAGUUCGUCUCAGAUCUCCUCGCUCUUUACCCCCCAUCAGCCUAUGGACCAGCCUUCAAAGCAGCCAACAAUCUCUACCAAUCAUCUCAAUACCCCCUGGUCGAAGCCCUCUUCCUCGCCCAAGACUUCAACCUCAGCUCUAACAACCCCCCUCUCUUCCAAAACGCAGCAAUAUGGGGCGACGCCGUGAUUCACUGCGUCUCGCGCAAUCUUGCCGCUGCAGCUUUCAACUCCAUACCCACCAAAGUCCCCAUCUGGAAACUGCGCUUCAACGCUGGAUAUUACGCGCAUGCUGCCGUGAACCGGUAUUUCUUGGGCGUUGAGGGGCCGAAAGAGUUUGUCUUCAACGGAACUUUGGCGGAUAUUACCAAGGACUGGUACCUAUCGUUUGUGAUCAAUCAGGACCCUAACAUGGAGUUGCCAACGAGGAAUGGGUCGUCGAGGCCUUGGUGGCCGCAAUACGGGGCGAUGAAUGAUGUCUUGUUGGUGAACGAGACGCGCUUUGCAACGAUAGCAGAUCCGGAUGCUGCGGACACGUGCGACUUCUUCGCUGCUAAUGCUGAUGUUAUCAGGAGUUAG